AUGACUUGUUCUCAACUCUUGUGUCUACACGCACUUUCAUCUGUGGCUGAUCUAAGCAACGAUCCAGUUGAUGCUAGCAUACUCAAAGAUCACUUAGAACAAGAUCAAAGCCAUCCACAGACAACACCUAUACAAGCAAAAGAUGAAUUGAUACGCCGAUUGCAUCACAUUUUCGACCUGGACGAAAAGGAAGAACUUAUCUCAAGUCAUCCGUGCUGGCUAUUCCGCAAUAUAGUCUUGCAAGGGUACCUGUAUGUUUUGACAAACAACCUUUGCUUUUAUGCAAACUUGCCAUCUCGACAAGACAAGUUGAUACGAUCAGGUAUUUUACGUAAAAAGACUCGAAAGACUCGUCGUUUUUCUUCUCAUUGGGCUAUCUUGCGAGGCAGAACGUUGAGCUGGUAUGAGAGCGAAUACGAUCCAUACUUUCCUCAAGACAAGAUUGACUUGAGGGACGUCCUUGAGGUGAAUGCGCUCAGCACUGCGAGCAAUCCUCAAUUCGAAGUGGUAACUCCUUAUCGAACGUUCCUAUUCGAAACAUCGGAUGCAGAUGAGUGGGUUGCUGCCUUGAAGAAAUCAACAUUUCGCGCACAAAAUGAAGGAGAAAAUGUUCGAAUCACGAUACCAUACGAAGCUAUGCUCGACAUUGACAGCAGUAAUGCCAACCCUGUGGCCGACGUUGCCGUUGUUACGAUCAAGGUGAUUCAAUCACAGCCUGGAGAGACGGAAAUGACGAUGGACGAAUACUUUUUCACAAACAUGGCAGAUGAAGCUCAGUUCGUUGCUCUUCUUCGUGAUAAGCUUGCAUCGAUAAAUGCAGUCUCUUCUCAAGCCUCAACUGGAAGUCAAAUUCGUGCCUCUUUCGGUCCUGCAAAGACGAUCGCAUCUGGAUUACGCAGAACGGAAACUCUUCGACAAGGGAACAGGACGCCUACUUUAUCCGUUCAUCGGGCUGGUACAGAUACUGCUUUGGAAUCGCAAUUAGCAGACGCAACCAAUGACACAUCAAUCAGCACUCCCCCUUCGGCUUCCACUAUCUUGUCAACAUCGGUCACCACGCUCAAAGCAGCUCCACUUGAAUCUUCGGCUACUGGAUAUCCGCCAUCGCCACACAUAGAUCCAGCAUCAAUCGAUUCACUCCUUGGUGGAGGCGAUAAGAAGUGGUCGAUUCCACAAUGGCUACUAGAAGCUUCGGGUAGAUUGGCACAGAAUACUUCUGGUGGCCUACAUGCUAUUACCAACAGACUUCCUACUCGCUUAGUACGAGAACAAUGGUCAGCACAGCCACUACACGAUACUGCCGCUGCUGAUGUGCAAAAAGAAGAGGAUAUGAAGGAACAAGAAAGCUUGGAACAAUUUCGUUCGUGCUUUUCGCUACCCGAUGAUGAAGAGUUGCUGCAUCAUACCAGCACCAAUCUGUAUCGAAUCCUUCCUGUUUCAGGUCGGCUUUUUGUUUCGACGAACUACGUGUGCUUCCGUUCAUCACGACUGGCAACAAAGACGAUUGGUAGGACAAUGAUGAUAUUACCACGCAAGGAAAUCAUCUCUGUUGCCAAGAAUAAUGCCGUCCAAUACGGCAGACAUGGACUGGUGAUUAUCGUACGAGGUCAUGAAGAAUUGUUCUUCGAGUUUGUCUCGACGCAUAGACGAGAUCAAUGUAUUUCGAUCAUUGAACUGCAACCCAUUGGACACAUGCAAGAUCCUCAUAACGAUGAUGAAGAGGGAGUUCCUUCGCUUUCGUUGACAGAUUUAGGUUUCGAUGUCCAGAGUGGAAGUGAUUCAUCACAAAAUCUCUCUGUGUCCAGUCUGUUUGCCUCUUCUUCCUCCUUUGUGCCCAUCAAACCGAAGGAGAAUAUGCAUUUCACAUUCCUUACCGUUGGUUCACGCGGUGAUGUACAACCGUAUAUUGCUCUUGGUCGAGGAUUGCAAAGAGAAGGUCAUCGGGUUCGCAUUGCAACACACGCAGAAUUUGGGAAGUGGAUCGAAUCUUUUGGUAUUGAAUUCUGUGAGAUCGGAGGGGAUCCGGCGGAGCUGAUGAGGAUCUGUAUCGAGAAUGGAACAUUUACGUUGGCUUUUGUGCGGGAAAGUGUCACCAAAUUUCGAGGUUGGUUGGAUGAUUUGUUGUUAUCAUGUUGGCACGCUUGUCAAGGCACGGAUGUAAUCAUCGAAAGUCCAAGUGCGAUCGCAGGCAUUCACAUCGCCGAGGCAUUACGCAUACCGUAUUAUCGAGCAUUCACCAUGCCAUGGACACGAACAAGAUCUUAUCCUCAUGCAUUUGCAGUACCUUCAAGAAGAGCAGGAGGCAAUUAUAACUAUAUGUCUUACGUCAUCUUUGAUCAGGUAUUUUGGCGAGCAUCGGCUGGUCAGAUUAAUGCAUGGCGUAAGAAAUGUUUGCGAUUAUCACCAACCAAUAUGGACAAGCUGGAACAACACAAGAUCCCAUUCUUAUACAACUUUAGUCCAAGUUUGGUACCCAAACCUUUGGAUUGGUCAGAUUGGAUUCAUGUUUGCGGUUUCUGGUUCUUGGAUAAUGCGGAUGAGACCGGAUCAUCACAAGUGUGGCAAGCACCGAAAGAAUUGAUUGAGUUCAUCGCAAAAGCAAAACAAAAUCAGAAAAAGAUUGUUUAUAUCGGAUGGGGAAGUAUCGUGAUCGCAGAUGCAGAUGCGGUCUUGCAAACAGUCAUUGAAGCUGUACGAAAGAGUGACGUUUGCGCAAUCAUUUCGAAAGGAUGGUCCGAUCGAUUACAAGAAGGUAAAGAUUCGACCAGUCAAAUCGAAGAGGCAGGGGACGAUGUUUGGCAAAAUAUAUUUACCAUUCAAUCUGUACCGCAUGAUUGGUUGUUCCCGCAAAUGGAUGCUGCUUGCCAUCAUGGUGGAUCAGGUACUUUAGGUGCUUCUUUACGUGCAGGUAUUCCCACAAUUGUACGACCUUUCUUUGGCGAUCAAUUUUUUUGGGCAUCUCAAGUAGAAAGUUUACAGAUCGGUGUAAGCGUUGCCAAUAAGCCAUUCACUGUGGAUACAUUUGCCAAUGCUCUACGAAUUUGCACCACAGAUGCACGAAUGAAGCGUAAUGCACGUACUUUGGCAGAUUCGAUUGCAAAGGAGAAAGGUGUAUCGAAUGCAAUCCGAGCAAUCUAUGCCGAUUGGGAUUAUGCCUGCAGCAGAGUCAAGCCAAAUCCCACAACAAUCACACCCCUUGAAACAACCCUUCUGCCUUCCGGAGAAGAGGAUGAAGAGGCUCAAAGUAUGGACGAAUGGUCCGUUGUGAGCGGAUCAGAGGAGGGAAUCGCCGACGUUAUCUAAAACUCCCUUUUACUCACAUCUGCUUCAUCUUUCCGAUACCAUGUAUACUACUUUCUCUUGCACGCACUAAAGACAUU